AUGGAAAUGGAACGUGUUAAUUGCAUUUCGCAGAGUUCGGGUACGUUGCAAGAAAUAAUGUUAGGUCAUUUUGCUUUAGAUGAUACUGAAUUCCGAAGUUGUUAUUCAAGUCCGAAGAAUGAGGGCAGUUUGCAGGAGCUGCGCCUUCUUGAAGAUAGUGUUAUGCAAAAUGUUCACAGGUAUUUUGCUUUUGUUUUGUAAAGUUUUUUUUGUUUUUUGAUGUAGUUGAAGAGUUUGAACUAAUAAAAGGAGCCUUUUUGAGGUUUUCUGGAAAUCUAGGGAGCAAAUUCAAUGUAAAUAUUGUUGAGCAAUCUUUGAAAAAUUUAUUUGAUGGAACAUUUAAAUUUAUCAUAAUUUGAUCAACAGGCUCGUAAACAACAUAUUUUAUGCAAAUUUGUUACUUUCCGUAAAGUAAUAUAACUUUUCAUCAUUGACCCUUCAAAUCUUAUUACAGACUGAACCUACAUGAAGAAGAUGCUGAUGACGAGCUGGGUCACGACCUGUUCUCCAACUCGACCCAACUCAGCAACUCGGACAGCUACAACUCGGACGAACUGGACCAUUUCGAAAACUUCUACUCCAACCCGAAAUGGACGGAGAAAAUGACGCGACAUUACAGACAUUCGGUUAGUUUAGCGCACUUGUGACCGGUCGGUUUAUUAUGCAGUGUUGAGUGUAAGGUUAUGUUUCAGCCGAAUUCAUCGAACGAAAGCGACGGAAAACGAAAAAAACGGAAAAAUCAAAAAAAUUGUAAGUUUGGGGGUUGGUGGGGCUUCAUGGAGCUUCAUGUUGAAAGUUUUGGGUUGGUGCGGCUCUAUGGAGGUUCAUUUUGAUAGAGGGCGAUUUUGUGGAGGUAUAAUGAAAAAAUGUGGGCAGUUUUGUUGAAAAAGUAACGCAAAUUUUUUAAAGUUAAAGCAAUAGCAAGGUAAAUUUAGGGUUUUUAAUGUUAAAGAUUAUAUUUUAGGUACAAAGGUGCAUUGUAAUGGCUAUUAUUUGUACAACGAUUGAAAAAGGAUUAAAAUAGUGAAAUUUUGGAAAGUUUUGUGAAAUUUUAAAUUUGGAGCCAUCAAUUGAUAAUUUCUUUUUGAAAAUAUUGUUUUUUUAAAAACAUUUUUAAAUUCAAAACAACAAAACCAGGAAGUUUCGAAAAAUCAAUUUCAAACUUCGAUCCUGUGGCUUUUCGCCUCAAAAAUAAUUUGAAAUUAAAUUUUAAUCAUCGGCGCGCGUUUCGCGCUUUGAAAUGGCUCCUCGAGUUUUGCGGCGACAAAAUUAAUUUCUCUGAUCGGUCAGUGUAAUGACGCGCCUGCAAUUUGUAGCUGACCGGGUGGGUCCCACGGCUCCGCGUCUCGACAGCAAUGGCUACGUGGACGAACAUGACUACACGAUCGACCAGCCCAUCAGUGACCUGGAACAGCCCCACUUCCAUACCAUGGCUCGGCUGGACCAUCUCAGCGCCCAGAUCUACGACUUUCAUCGACGUCACGAGCAGUCGAUGAACUCGCUGAACGAGAAACUCCACCUUCGUGACCUUCUCUACUACGCCAUCUCACCGCACUUUACCGGCUGUGGACUAUAUAUUGUGGGAUCGACGCUGAACGGGUUUGGGGCCAAUUCGUCGGAUAUGGAUCUGUGUUUGAUGAUCACACCAAGAGAUGUGGGUAUUUGGAUUUUAAUUGUUAUUUGAAUGGGAUUUUUGAUGAUUAUUACCUAAACUUAUGUUUUUUGUUGGUUGUUUGUGUUUUAGGCUUAUAUGUUGCGCUGUCUGGCUUAAGUAACAUGUUUUAUGUUAAAGCUGACUUUUCAUUUGCUAUAGUGUGCUAAAUUAACCAUUGCUUUAGUUGAAAUUGCUAUUUUCUAACUUAAUGUUGUUAUUAACAUCUUUUUUUUUGUGUUUUUUCUUAUUGCUUUGCCUGUUUAGCUGGAUCAGCGUGUCGAUGCCAUUUUGGUGUUGACCUCGGUGAUGGGACACUUAAAAGACUUGCCGUGGAUCAAAGAGAUGGACCUGAUAUUUGCCAAAGUCCCAAUUUUGAGGGCCACAUUCAAUCCUCCGUUCGACAAGAUCGUGGUCGAUUUGAACGCUAAUAACUCGGUCGCCAUUCGCAAUACUCAUCUUUUGUGUUAUUACUCGGCUUGUAAGUGUGGUUUGAGGUGAAAUUGUGGAGUUUUGUUGUUGUUGAUGUUGUUCUUGAUGCUUUUUUGUUAUGGAUUUUUGUGUUUUGGCUAUGUUAAGUUAUGUUUUGUUGAAAUUAUUAUGACUUUUUGAUGAUUUUCAGGAAAUUAUCGGACUUUUUUCUGUUUAUACUUGCCCUUUUAUAUUGGUUUAGGUUUUAAAAUCUAAAAAGUGUUUAGUCAUCAUUACUCUUUUUGUUAACUUAUGCUAUUUUUAAUAUGUAGCUUGACAUUCCAUUUUUAGUUGAUUGGAGAGUUCGCCCGCUGGUGUGCGCGGUCAAGGGCUGGGCCAAGAAGCGUGGAAUCAACGAUGCUAAUCAGUCCUCGCUGACCUCAUACUCAUUGGUCAUGAUGGUGAUCCACUACCUUCAAUGUGGUGUCAGUCCAGCUGUGUUGCCAUCAUUGCAACAGCUGUAUCCAGACAGAUUUGGGAACAAGAUUGACGUCAGAUCACUGAAUGUCACCGUUCCCUUGGAGCAUGUCGACUGGCAACAGGGAAGGAACAUGAUGUCGCUGGCAGAGUUGUUGAUUGGCUUCAUGCACUACUACGCUAGGUGUUUCAAGUAAGGAUGUAGGGAUAUGAUGGGUUUUUAUUGAUGUUGUAUGGUUGUCAGGAGAUACAAAUAAAAUUUUAGUGCUGCCUUGUCAGUGUUAACCUUGUCAUUUUAGUUUUGACACAAUGGCUAUCAGUGUCCGCCUCGGCCGAUCAGUAGACCGAGCAUAUGUAGCCAAGAAUAAGUCCCCCUUCAACACUCUGUCCCAAUGGCGUUGCAUCUGCAUCGAGGAGCCGUUCACCUACUCCAACACUGCACAUUCAGUUUUUGAUGAGAGGGUCUUUUGUUGUAUCAAGGACUCAUUCGAAGAAGCUUACAACGCUCUCAUCGCCGAACGUGAUCUCAAUGUACUUAUUCAUACUGAUCCUAUCAAACUGGCCGAGUAAGUGGUGAUUUAUGGGUUUAGUGGGUUUAUUGAUGUUUUUUAUAUUGUUUUUGGUUGUUUUUUAUUGCUUAUGUGACAUGGUUUUUUGAUUUUUUGUCUUCUUUGAUAGUAUUUUAUAUUGUUGUAGGUGUUUAUGGAACAAUUUGAUGUUGUUUUAGCUUGGUUUUUUUAUGUUGUUCAACUUGAGUAUAAUAUGUUUUGACUUUAUCUUCAUGAUCAUGUAGUAUUAAUAUUACAGUUACAGAGGUGUGCCAGUGGGCUUCCGCCACUUCCGCGUGCCCGUCAUCCGCUACGACCGCGACAACCACGAAGCGACUGAAAAGAAGAUUGUACAGACGGUGGCGUCGUUUCACAUGGAAAAGACCAAAUGA